AUGACUUCAUGGAAGAAAACAAUCGCAACGCCAUUCAAAAAAGCGGCGACAUUCUUUAACCAACCGCAGCAAACGCCGCACAACCGCCACGCAAACGCGAAGGCGAGGGAAGAACACGAGAGACGAACAGUGAAGGAGCUUCAAGGUGACGUCAUGGCUUGUGGCUAUGAAGAUGUUCUCGUCAUGUGGUCAAUUCUUGACAAGUCAAAUUCUUCAAACAAUCUCUCUUCUUGAUGAAAAUGAGAAAGUGUUGUGCUCUUUUUUUCCCAUGUGUAUAGCUCUGUAUUAGCCCGCCAUGUCUCUCUUCUUUCUACUUAUCUUUAUGUGGUCGCGGCUUCUUUGUUUUUCUCUAAGUUAGAUUUUAGUUAAUUUUUAUCUGAUGAUUAGUUUUGAUUCGGAUGUUGUUAAUCCCUGUGAUGAUCUAAUCGAAAUUACAGUGCGAUUUUUCAUUUGGUCUACAAUAAAAUUGUCUUUGAUAUAACUUUACAAUUUCGGUUUUAUUUGUAUGUUUUUA